CGCCAUUUCACGUAAAACGGAUGAAACUCCACUAUUAUCACCUCCAACUUUACUGUGAAUCGAAUCGCUAUGCAAUUCGGAAAUUUUUUCAACGUGAGCGCGACUAUCGUUAUGAAAUGUUGCUUUCAAAUAGUUGUCAUCAUAUUUAUACUACUGGAAAUUAACAGGCUAAUUUUAAGACUGUUUUCAUCGCGCACAUAACCGUUUAUUUCGACAUCGCAACGGUAUAGUGCAGAAAUAACAACAACAUUUUUUUCACUCACAUUCGUUGUCACCACCGGGGGCGACGAUUCGGUAUGAGGCAGAGGGGCAAGCAAUAGCACAGGUGGAUGGACAACAGGGUGAUACGCUGUCACGGAGCUACUGCUGUAGUGGUAUAGAUAGUGCUUGGACUAUGUGUUGGUGACAAAGUGAAAAUUUCGAGGAGAUUUUUGAAAUUCUUUAUUGGUCUCUGUACACUUGUACUCGCAUUCGUGUAUAAGCUCUCAUAAUUUGCGAAGGAACUCCUGAGCUCAGCUGAGGAAAGCAUUUUCCGAAACUGCAUAGUAGCGUUCUUUAGAAUUCAGUCCUAUACUUGUGUUGGUCCUCUCUCUAUUUGUGGUAUUAAUUUCAAGUGCCUUGUGCGUAGUCGUAAACUGUGUUCGUGGUCUCAGUGAUCAUCAUGACCGCUCGAGCGCACGGGAAGUAGGCAAGCCGGGACAGUGGAGAGACGGGGAAGAAGACAAAGCUGGCGAUCGACAUCAUCAUCAUCAACGUGGAGCUGUUCGCAGAGAUGACGAUCGAGGGGGAAGAUACUCCAGUGGGUAUCUUACUGGCAAAGGCCGGAAGGGUGGGGUCGGAGGCCGGUGGCAAGGGUGGCCGCAAGCCGCUGCUCACGGUGGGCAGCGGCGGCGGUUUAGAUCAGUUCACUUUGGGUGAUAUUAGAAAGGCUGAGAAGACUCUCGAAGAGUCACAUAUGAGUCUUGGGCAGUACGCUCGGAAAGUGGCACAAGGAGAAAUCACAAAGACAACUGAUGAUGAGGAGAAAAA